CAGCUGGGUUCUCCCGCACUUGGGAACCUCCUUGCUCGCUGAAUUUCCCGGAACUGCAACCCAGCCGCUCAGCCACCGCGGGGCACAGCCUGGAACGGCCCUCGAGCCCGCUGCUUGCGGCAGAGUCCCUGCCUCUUUGUGCGCGCUGUCCCAGCGCCUCCCGGGACCGACUCGGGCUGCCCAGACUGGCUCCUCCCGGCUGUUGCGCGAGCGACGGUGGAGUUGGCGCCAGAGUUUCGCAGCAGCUCCCCCGACUGAGCUCGUGCCCCGAUCCAGACGGCACCGGCUUGGCGGGGGUAGUUCCGCCCGGCCACAUCCCACCCCCGUUUUUCCCAGGCGCGCUCACCGCGGGACAGGCACUCUCUAAGGAGUCGCCCGGGGACGAGCAGAGCGCGCGCUGCUGAGCUGUUGCUCAGCUGCUGCGCGCGGAGAGCUGAGGCUAGCCAAGAGUGUCUGAGCCAUCGGUGGGUGAGUGCCAAGAGGGGCUUCGGCCCUGCUUCGGGAAUAGGAGCGCCGGACCUGCGGCAGGAAGAGCCGGCGGCGGGAGUGUUCGGAGCUGCGGCUGCCCGGCCGGCUCCGCUGCGUUACUCACGAGGAAGCGCUCGCUUUCCGGAAACGUUCAAGAUAUCCCGCGGGCGCUGCGUUGCAGAGCCGCUCACCAGGGGAGAUCGCGGAUCCUGCGCGAACGUUUGAUUCGGCGGGGCGUUGCUUUCUCUGGUGCAGCGGGAACGUGAAAAGACGCGCGGGGAGAUAAAGCUCGGAACCCCCCCCCCCCAUCCCACCUCGGGGAAAGGCUGCUGGGCUCGUGGUGCAGAGUGCGUGAGGGCUUGGCUCUGAAAAAAGGGCAAAUUUUUUUAAACAAAAAGUUUGGAAGCUGGUGUUGGAGGGAUAACAGUUGUCUAUUUUUGCCUUGACCAGUCCAGGAAGGAAAAGAUUUUCUGAUUGCAAGAAAGCCCCAUCUUCAUGGUUUCCUUCUUUGCCAUAUCACAAAUUCCUAUGAAGAGCUCAGAGAAAAGCAUUUUGAAGUGUAUGCCCAGCAAAGCUCAUCUCAUCUCAAGAGUGUUCUUCACCUCCGUUCUGCCUCUGUCUAUGAGUUUGGUCAGCCAUGGCUAGAGAAGUUUAUUUAUUGCUUCUUUUAUUAUUCUGUGGGAGAACAAUUUCUGAACUGCAGCCUUUGCCCCAACUGCCUUCUGAAACUCUGGAUUUUGGGUAUGUUCCCCACAAGAUAUACAACACCAACGCGUACUAUGAGCCCGGAACGAUAGGGAUUUUGUUCCGCAUUGUUCACGCUUUCCUCUGCAUAGUUCAGCCAAAUUAUUUCCCUCAAGAUCUUAUCAAAAAGUUAGUGCAGCAGACAUUUGGAAAUAAGCCUGGUGAUUAUCAAAAGCCCGAAAAUGUUGUAUUGACUCUUCAGGCAGUUUACUAUGAAAUCGGGUUCAUAAUCUCAGCUGCCCUCGGAAUCAUAUUUGUCCUGUUGCUUCCGCUGAUUGGGCUCUGUUUCUGUCUGUGCCGGUAUUGUGACAAUUGUGGUGGAGAAAUGCACCAGAGACAGAAGAAGAAUGCCAACUGUCGGAGGGGCUGCUUCACUAGCCUCCUUUUGGUAGCUACAUUGCUAAGCAGUAUUGGGGUGUUUUUUGCCUGUGCGGCUAACCAGCAUCUCACAAGCCAAGUCCAAGGAGCCAGGGGACUCAUAAGCAAUAAUUUCAGAGACCUUCAGAUGUUCCUGAAUGGAACUCCUGGGCAAAUCGACUAUUUGGUGAAUCAGUAUAACAUUACCAAGAAGAAAGUACUUUCUGAUCUUAAUAAUGUUGGGAUAUUGCUUGGCAGUCGAGUCUGGGAACAGCUGGGAAAGGAGGUAUACCCUGCUCUUGAUGCUGCCCUUACCAUGGCAGGAGUCAAAGUGGAAAGGGCCAUUAAAGCUAUUAGAGAGACUAAAGAGGCACUGGAGAAUGUGAGUGGGUGUCUGGAAAUGUUACAGGAGGGCACUGAGAAGCUGCACACCAGCCUGAUGGAUGUAACGGAAGACUUGAUAGAUACUCUUAAUGAUUCAGCUUGCAUGGCUACCCAGGUUGCUUCAACUUGCAACCUUAUCAGAAAUUCUUUGAAUCAGCUGAUCAUUAAUGCUAAUUACAGCAAGUUACCGGGAGUGAACCCUCAACUUGUCAAAGUCAACGAAGUUCUUAAAAUAGACCUUUCCAAUCUCAUUCAAAAGGGUUAUGCAGCAUUCAAUGAUACUCCUGAACUGGUACAGGAUCAAACAAAGAAUAUUUUAUCAGAACCAGCAGCUGUACCUCAUAUAAAAAAUAUUUUGGAAAAUGUUGGUUCUAACAUCACGGCUUUUACUAAAAAGCUUCCCAUUCAGAAGAUUCUAACAGAUUUCACGGUAUAUCUCACUCAGUGUGAAGCGUAUGUUGAAGAUUAUUUUCCAUUAGUGGAGCAAUAUGAUUUCUACAGGUGGCUGGGCUGCUUAAUCCUAUGCUGCAUGAUGAUCCUGAUCCUGGUCUUUUUCUACCUGGGAUUAUUAUGUGGUACAUGUGGCUAUGACAAAAAUGCAACACCAACAACCAGAGGCUGUCUCUCAAAUACUGGAGGAAAUUUCCUGAUGGCUGGAGUUACUUUCAGCUUCCUCUUCUCCUGGGUUCUGAUGCUGACAGUGGUGGUCACUUUCAUUACCGGCGGAAACGUGGAGAAGCUGAUAUGUGAAUCAUUUCAUGACAAGACUUUAUUCCAAAUUUUGGACACACCCUACUUGCUUAAUCGCCAGUGGAAAAACUAUCUGUCUGGCAUCAUUCUGAAAAACCCAGAUAUUGAUUUGACAUUUGAACAGGUUUACAGUGACUGCAAGGACAAUAAAGGCAUUUAUGCUACGCUCCACUUGGAAAACUUGUUCAGUAUCCAUAAAAUUCUAAACAUUAGCAUGCAUGCAGAAGACAUGUCACUUAAAAUCAAGUAUAUCAAUAUAAAUUUAAGCAAUAUAGUUUUACUGAGCAACACUGGGAAAGAGAACCUGUUGAAUUUUGGAUCUUCAGGAAUAAAUGAAAUAAAUUUUGCAGCAUACCUGUCAGAGAUUAACAAGAGCAUCACCAAAAUUGAUCUGUUGUUAUAUGCAAAUGAUUUGGAAGCAAGAGCAGAUCAGCUGCCCAAAGGAGCAUUAGAAAACGCUUUGAAAGGACAUGCAAAUACAAUUCGGCUGAUACAUAACCAGCAAGUUGUUCCACUGGAACAAGGAAUGGCUGUCAAGAAAUAUGUUAGAGCUAGGAGCACUUUAAACCAGAGUAUUAAGUUACUACAGAAAACUUCAUUAGAACUUCCAGAAAAAGUGAGAAGUGUUAUCAGUGCCAUCGAAGCCACUCAACUUCUUAUAAACAAUAAUGCUUCAUUUAUAAUUGUCCAGGAAGCUAAGAAAUACAUGGAUACUAUCUUAGGUUACUUUGAGCAGUAUUCAAUGUGGGUGAAGGAUUCGAUUUCUACACAAGUAGCAACCUGUAAACCGAUUGCAAAUACGAUUGAUACAGCUGUCGAUAUUUUUCUGUGCAGCUAUGCAAUGGAUUCUUUGAAUGCUUUCUGGUUCGGAUUAGGAGGCUGCUCUAUCUUGCUGAUCCCUGCCAUUAUUUGUGCGGUGAAACUAGCCAAAUUCUACCGCAGGAUGGAUACCGAGGACGUGUACGAUGAUUAUCUCCAUACAGAUUUAUAUUUUUGUGGAUUUCCCCCCCCAGCUCCGUGGAACAGUGGUAACUCAGACUGGAACUAUUAACUCUUCUGGAAAUAACAGUAUCUCCUCAAGAAAAUCACAGCUGAAUCAAUCCUGUUUGAGGACAGCACAGCAAACUAAUUUGACAUUAAAAAAGAAUUACUGAAUCUUAGAUCAUAAAGUGAAGACAGGUUAAUGGCAAUCAGGCCACCUGGCCUGGUUUUUUGCUGCCAAGAAACCAUUAAAACAUAUCAGCUAUGGGUUUUGUUCUUGUUUCAUAAAAUCAUUUUUUUCUUGUACCAUAUAAAUUAAAUAAAACAGGUCUAACUGGA